AUGCUAAGGCAUCGACUGCAAUGCUACAUCAUCCGCAAAAAUAGUGACUCGGAUAAUGAAGGUCCCAUACUGGUUCUAAACGAGGUGACAAUUGACCGUGGAAUCUCGCCGUUCCUCACAAACCUCGAAUGCUACUGUGACAACUCCUUCGUCACCCGCGUGCAGGGCGACGGUCUUAUUCUGUCGACAGCUUCCGGAAGCACGGCAUAUUCUCUUUCUGCCGGAGGAUCAAUGGUUCAUCCCCAGGUGCCUGGAAUCCUGUUCACGCCAAUCUGCCCACACUCUCUGUCUUUCCGGCAACUUAUGCUGCCGGAAGGCGUGGUGGUUAGAGUGGUGGUGCCGCCGGAUAGCAGAGGCCAUGCGUGGGCGUCGUUUGACGGCAAGAGCCGGCGGCAGCUGGCCCCGGGGGAUUCGCUGCUUUGCAGCAUGGCGGCAUGGCCUGUGCCGACGGCAUGCUGCAUGGAUUCCACCGGCCAUUUCCUCCGGAGCAUCCGGGAUAUUCUUCACUGGAAUCUCCGGCGAGCUCAGGCCUCCGACGGCCCGCGGGAGCCGUGA